UAAUAAUAAUGAUGAUGAUGAUGAACAUGCGAAAGAGAAAAGAAUUUUUACUUUGUGAUACUGUUAGCAAUAUUAGAAUCCUAAUGGACUGAAAACCGUACCUAAUAAUGUUUGUUAACAUCGACGUUUUGUUUAACGUUGUUUUGUGACCCGUUCUGCUUAUGAACCCAAGUUUCAUCAAACUUUCCAAGAAAAAGCUGUCCGUCUGCCUUUUGAUUUCUCGAUUCGACGAUCAAAGAACCGACGAUUACUCUCUUCGCAUACAUACAUAAUGCUCGUAUCUUUUUCCCAAUCCCCCAUCGGGAUCAGAAUUCUCUUCGUUGGUUCUUCCAGUUAAUAAAGGAAAAAAAAUGGACGUUUUUUUUUCUAUGUGUACGUAUGUGUGUGCGUGUGUACAUUAACGAACAAACUAGUUAAGUAAGUAAUGUCGCAUAUUAGUUAUCCCGCGCGGCUGAUUGCAGAGCGUGAGACCUCGCGCGCAAUUUGUCAGCGACCAAGAAAGCAUUGUGGCACGUAGAAUCGCGAAAGAGGAGGCCACGGAGAACAAUUACUACGGAGGGCUGCGAGGUGGCAAGCCAUUCAACACGACCAACAGCAGCUUGACGUCGGCUACGAGAAUUAUAAAUCAUCACCUGUUCGGCUCUGCCAUUGGGCCCAGGCAUUACACAGGUCAUCGAAGGCAAAUUUCAGGAACGAACACCGAGAGCAAGCUCUCCCUGUCCGCUGACUCGAUAGACAGCGAGGGUGUGCCGUUCAUAGACAAGCACCGGGUCUCCAAGUCGAUACUGAAGAAGUCCGAGAGCGGCAACAACUACUACAGCAGUGUCGGUGAUUCGGACACUGAGAAGCUCAUCACCGACAACGCGUCGACCGUGAGCAUGUGCGACAACGAGACCAACACGUGCGACGUGUUCUCCAACGUGAACGGGACGAGGUUGAAGCGGCCUGUCUCGCCGUUGCUCUCCAGGCAGGUUCUCGAGUCGAUCUUCCGCACGAACAACAUCGAGAGGGAGAACGAGGCGGAUCAAAGCGAGGAAAAGAAUUGUGCUCCGAAGACGAGCAAAUCGAUAUUCGACGAGGUCCUCGAAGAGGAGAAGCACGCGCAAGACGAGGCAAUGGCAGAGAACAAGAACAAGGAGGAGCGAAAGAGAUCGAGGACGAAGACAGAAGAGACGUCGAAAGACAGCCAGGCGAUGUUGAUAUGUUCGUUGCGUGGACACAAAGCGAAGAAGUUAAGCAUCGAGGAUAAACGAAAAGCCAAGACAGGCGGCCACAGUUGCAAAGGAGGCACCGACACGAAUUGUCUUCCUCAAGAGCAUCGUUUCUCGUCGUAGCGUAGCUCUCCUUCGUAUAGUAUCCUUCAUCUGUGUCGCAUAUACCUAGGCUAAGUUAGAUUGUACAUCGAAUCGCUCGGCGAUCGCAUCGCGUCAAUGUCUUGCUAUUAGAAACGCCAUCAAACACACUGUAACACAAUGUUCGCAGGGCCGUGCAUCCGCAUUUCAACGACGAUGUCUCUCGACCCAGCCUGUCGUGUAAAUAAGUUCACGAGAAACGCGUGAUAAUUUCUAAGAGAGUGAUACACGUUCGAUAAUAUUAAAAACUUUAGAGACCAACACGGAGAAGAUUGUACGUAUUUUCGAGGAAAAAGAAGUUCAGAAUUGCAAAGAAUGAGUGAAGAAAACAAACGAGAAAAAGAAUGAAAUGAAAUACCAAAGGCGAAAACAAAAAUCUCAAUUUAUAUAUUAUAUAGAAGUGGAAGAAAUGCAACAAAAAGAAUGUUAAUCAAAAAUGAGAGGUACAUGGAACAAUGAUGAUAAUUCUAAUGAUAACAGUAAUAAUAAUGUUAGCAAAUAAACAGAUCUUUAGGCAAUAUGCUUUUCCUUGUUCGCUGAGAAAAAAAAAAAAAAGAAAA